AUGGGUCUGUUGGGCGUCGAGGCCAGUCACGGAGGCGUCUCCGCCUUGGGUCGACCGAGCGGUGGGCGAGGCAGCGGUAACAAGUCGGCAAAGUUAAAGUCGACGCGAACAGCGGGCAGGGACUCGGCAGUCGUGGCGACGGGACGAGCCAGCCGGCUCUCCGAGUCGACCGUGAGUGCCACUUCGAUUUCGGGCGUCAUGGGAAGCGGAAGUGGAUUAGUAAACGGUACAAAGGGGACGUCAAGCAAAUGCGCGGGUACGGGUGGCCAAGGCAGCAGGGGCUCGAGGAUCCGAGGGGAGCACAACGGAUCAGGCAACUCCGAUCGACAGUCGUUUGCUGGCAAUUUUAUGGAUGACGAUUGUUCUGCAUGCCUCGUCCUGCCACUCAACCGCCUAUUCGCUCCACUUCUCGAUAACCGUUUCUUUGUUCCUCUUUCUAGGGAAUCACUGAUUUCUGUCUCUUCUUCAGAUACACUUUUCCUCUCUUUUCGUCUAACAUUUUUUCCUCGCUUUCGUCUUUUGACUCGGCCCCCUUUCUUGACUCAUUCCUUCGACAUUUUUGCUAGGCCGACUGAGGAAAUGACUUGA